UGUUUUACUUUUCUACAUAAUUUUCUUUAUUAAAUGUAUGCACAAAUCGUAAUCAGCAGAGGGCAGCAUGUGACACGAUUAUAUACGUUACACUACACCUCCCAGAAUGCACUUUCCCGGAAGAACAACAUCCGUCACAUUUUGAACCAAACGAACAAGGGCUAACGUUGCUACAAACCCUGCAAAAACUUCAACAAACUCAGACAUUUGAAGCUUUUUCUAACUGGAUCUUUUCGUAAUACUUUCGCGUGGUAAAGAAAGCUUUUCAGGGCAUAUUUUUGCACGUAGACGCAUUUGUUGUGGACAUGAAUCUUACGGUGUUGUCAUUUAGCGCUAGCAUGCUAAGCUAGCUCAUUCAAAAGAACACGUUAAUAUUUGGAUAAAACUAUGAAUUAAAUGCGGUUAUUUCAUUGCGACUUGGGACCUGUUUCUGCAAAGUUUUAUCGGAGCAAUUUAUGACAAAAGUAUACCUCAAAAAUGAGUCUAGCCCCCAAAGAACUAUCCAAUCUUCUGAGUAUUAUUUCAGAGGAGGCGUGCACGAACACGUUUGAGAGUUUAUCCACGCAUUUUCACCAUUAUUUCGGGAAAGGGGAGCAUUUCAGGGUCGGUUCGGUGCUGGUAAUGCUUCUGCAGCAGCCGGAUCUCUUGCCCAGCUCGGCCCAGCGUCUCACGGCUCUGUACCUGCUCUGGGAGAUGUACCGGACCGAGCCCAUGGCCGCUAACCCGUUCGCCGCUGUGUUUGCGCACCUGCUCAACCCUGCGCCACACGGAGAGGAGCACGAGAAAGUCCUGUCUGGCUUCCUUCCACCCAUCACGCAGGCGGAGAAGUUCUUCCUGUCUCAGCUGAUGUUGGCUCCUCCUCGGGAUCUAUUUAAAAAGACGCCCAGACAGGUUUCAUGUUUGGACGUGGGCACGGCGCCUCAGAGCAUCGACAUCAGUGGAUUGCAGCUCGCCCUGGCAGAGCGUCAGUCGGAGCUGCCCACUCAGAGCAAAGCCAGCUUCCCAAGUAUCCUCAACGACCCCGACCCAGACUCGUCAAACUCUGGCUUCGACAGCUCAGUGGCCAAUCAAAUCAUCGAGUCCUUGGUGACAGGACCACGCCCCCCGCUGGAGAGUCACUUUCGCCCUGAGCUGAUCCGCCCUCCUCCUCCUCUGCACGUGUGCGAGGACGAGCUCGCGUGGCUCAACCCCACGGAGCCGGAACACAGCGUCCAGUGGGAUCGCUCCAUGUGUGUGAAGAACAGCACUGGUGUGGAAAUCAAACGCAUCAUGGCCAAAGCCUUCAAGAGUCCCCUGUCAGCGCAGCAGCAGUCCCAGUUACUGGCUGAGCUGGAGAAGGACCCAAAGCUGGUGUACCACAUCGGCCUGUCUCCCUCGAAGCUCCCCGACCUGGUGGAGAACAACCCUCUGGUCGCCAUAGAGAUGCUGCUCAAACUGAUGCCGAGCAGUCAGAUCACGGAGUACUUCUCUGUGCUCGUCAACAUGGACAUGUCUCUGCACAGCAUGGAGGUCGUCAACAGACUAACUACAGCGGUGGAUCUGCCUCCAGAGUUCAUCCACCUGUACAUCUCCAACUGCAUCUCCACCUGUGAACAGAUCAAGGACAAGUACAUGCAGAAUCGUCUGGUGCGCCUCGUGUGCGUCUUUCUCCAGUCUUUGAUCCGAAACAAAAUCAUAAACGUUCAGGAUUUGUUCAUCGAGGUUCAGGCGUUUUGUAUCGAGUUCAGUCGGAUCCGGGAGGCCGCGGGGCUCUUCAGACUCCUCAAGACACUGGACACUGGAGAGAGCCCCGCCGACGCCAAACCGCCCAAAUAAUAACAAUAACACAACAAAAAAAACAGACUGUCCCCAAUCCCCAACUAAACAUGUACAAACGUCCCACGCCUCAUCAAAUAAACCUGUGCUUUUUAAAACCUGCUUUUCCCUUUUCCAAUUAAAUGUUUUGAUUUCAUUCAUGAUUCUCAGUUAAA